AUGCAAUACGAACGACGUCGACGUGAAAAUGUUGAUCGCGAUGUACGUCGCUGGGAUGCUAUGGAUGCAGCUUCAGCCGAAGAAAAGCGACGGGAGGACGCGCUUCGUGCAUCAGGUUCGAAAGCCCGACGAAAUAAAUGCAGCGAACCAUUUAAUUUUAUCACAUUGAAGUAUAAUGAUGGUAAAGAUGGCGAGCGACUUCAGGCAGCGGAUGCCACAAUUAAACAUCGUGCCAUGUUGCGUGCGCAAAAGUUGCAGUUGCACAACUCGCGUGAAGGGAUCAACCCUAUUACAGGAGAGUGCAUGCGACCAAUCCAACCAAACGACUUGUUGCCACCUCCACAAUAG